AUGAAGAAACAACAAAAGUGCUCUGAUGUAAUAGCCAAUGACAAGGGAAUUUUAGAAGCUGAAUCCAAGAAACGGCAAGAAGAUGAAUUCAUUGUUUUGAGAUCUAUAUUUGCUGAAGACCUUAUUGAUGCGGCCAAAAAUGUCUGGAAGUUGCAGAUAUGGCAACCGCUUAAUGUAAUCUUGCAUCUUAAGCCAGUGGAUUCUGCUAGUGUGACUCAUGAUAAAAUUUAUGUGUCAGUAGAUCUUCACGUGAAGUGCCCAAGGACGUAUCCGUUAUCUGGGAUACCUGAUAUUGAACUUGAAAACGUGAGGGGUAUUUCGUUGAAGGAUGUCGAAAAACUGAAGCAGAUAUUGCUGAAUAAGGCGUCAUCUCUUAAAGGCAACGAAAUUAUUUUGGAACUCUGUCAGCUAGUUCAAGAGUUUUUGUAUGAACACAAUAAACCACCGGAAGGGUCCUUUUUCGAUGGCAUGUUACAGCAGCAAGCAGCAGUCGAAUCUGAACGAAAGAGACAGCGAAUGAAAUCUGAGCAGCAAGAUCGUGAAGAUGUUGUAGCAUUUCAAAGAAUGCGUGAAGAAAAACUGAUGUGGAAAGAAGCUGAAGAAUGUGAACCAACAACACCGGUUGAUGAUAAGUUUUGUGCAACGUUCUCUUGCCUCGAUGGUAUGCAACGAAGUCUGGCUAGAAUCGCUUGCAAAUUUCAAAAACGACCUUUAAAUAAUCUUUGUUGUCGAGAAUGGUCAGCUAUGGAUUGUACCACGAAUCAAGAACUUCUCAUUAGUGAGUGGACUUUUGUUGCAACAACGAAAACCAAAACCUCAUCAUUGAAAGCAUUCAUUAAUCAUUUUAAGCUGCUGGAAAAAGAACUAAAAAAAAUUUCUCAGUUGUCUGUUUCCGAGCCGACAUUAUGUAAAUAUGAAUUGCUUUGCAUUCAAAAAAGGAAAUUGACAGCAUCAGAAAUUGAUGUUCGUAUUUUCAUUGGUCAAAAUAUUACUGAAAGCGAUCGGAACAUAUCUUCUCAAUUUGAUAUGUUUGAAACAGAUAAGGCGCUCUUAGUUCGCUUGGCUCUACAACUUUUGAAAGGCUUGGAAUUUUUACAUGAAAUAAACUUAGGACACUUUGAUCUUGAUUCCACAUCUAUAUGGAUUACUGGGAAACGGAACUUCGUCAUUUCUGAUUAUUACUUGAGGUCGUUAUUGAUAGGUCAGUACCGAAAGUUAAAAGAAUGUAUUGGUGAUGAUGUUCCAAACAUACUGUCAUCACAUGUAUUCCAGAAAUCACUCAUUGAUGAUAUAAAAGCAGUCGGAUCUAUUUUUAACAGAUUGAGAAUGCUUUCAUCAGUCACAAAAAGUUCUUAUUUCUCUAAAAGCCUCGACAGCUUUGUAGAAAAUUGUAAAAAUUCACAAACUAUAAAAAGUCUUAUGGAUCAUCGUUUUUUGCACCAAGGUUUGCAUUAUUUAUUUAAAUUUCUUAUAGAUCUACUGCGGUCAUUGUUGCCACCCAUCAAUUUUAAGAGUGCUGGAUUUCAGCAGGUUGCCCACGGUAGAUUGCGAAAUGAAUUUGUUUUUAUGGAAAUGUUAGGAAAAGGUGGUUUUGGGGAUGUUAUGUUAGCAAAGAACAAACUAGAUGGUAAUAAUUAUGCUAUCAAACGGAUAUGUUUAGAUCCAAAAGACGAGCGAUUCAGCAGAAAAGUAACGCGGGAAGCUAAGUUGUUUUCGAAAUUAAGCCAUCCUAACGUUGUUCGUUACUAUAGUGCAUGGAUUGAACAGGCUUGUGUUACCUCUAGUAAAGAUGAACCGGAAAAUAGUGCAAAAGGCAUGGCUGAUCCAGGAAAAGAAAGUGGUGAUUCCUUGAUGCCUUUGCAAACAAAAAAUAUAGAGAAAGAAGCGAAACGUUAUGUCAUGGAUACGACUGCUGAAUGGUCAACGUCUUUCCAGCCUGCUUCUACUUAUAAUUCAGAAUCUUUUUCGGAAAAACAAUAUACUGGGCCUAUACAGACUUUGUUCUCAAAUAUUUUUCCAGCUACUGAUCAAAGCUCUGACUUUGAAGUUGUUUUUGGAAGCGACGAGGACAAUGAUGAUCUGGUUGAUGAGCAUGAUGGUAAUUCAUAUUCAUCAACCUCACCAUCUAAUACGCUAGAUGCUGCACCUGAACUGCCGCUAAGGAUUUUAUUUAUUCAGAUGGAAUAUUGCGAAAAAUCUACGUUGCGUAAUCUGAUAGAUAGUAAUAAAUUACUAAAGAAUUCAAGGCAAGUGUGGCGUCUUUUUCGCGAAAUAUUACUUGGGUUGCAGUACAUUCAUCAAGAAGGCAUGAUUCAUCGUGAUAUCAAACCGAUGAAUAUAUUGAUAGAUGGCAAUGACCAUGCAAAAAUUGGGGAUUUCGGUCUUGCAACUCGUGAUGUGCUGGCCAAAAAUAUGGCUCCAUUAAGUGAACCUGAUAUCAGCUCUUCGAUGACAAAAGAUAUUGGCACUGCUUUUUACAUUGCUCCGGAAUUACUUUCUACGUGUAAUGAUGAUGUUGAGUACACGACAAAGAUCGAUGUGUACAGUCUGGGUAUAGUAUUGUUCGAAAUGUUCUAUAGGCCUCUUUUACCUGGUAUGGAGAGAAUUGUAACAAUCAGAAAUUUGCGUAACUCCGGUCUUUUCCCUUUAGAUUUUGGAAGUGGAAUUUUGGAGGUCCAUCAGAAGGCUUCUAAAAAAAUAAUCAAAUGGAUGUUAGAAAUGCAACCAGAUGAUCGGCCCUCGAUACAAAAUCUUUUAGAGAGUGAUCGUGUCCCGGUGGCAGAGAUUGAAGAUGAUGAUUUCCAAAAAAUGUUUUAUCGAGCUAUUCGUACUGGUGGGCGCUUACAUCAUUGGAUGAUGGAGAAGUUGGUCGCUAAUCCAGUCCCACCAGCUGCGGACUACCUGUAUGACCGAAAUAUUUGUUCCAGUGAUCGGCUGACGUUACCAAGGUUGUUUGCUUUAGAAUAUACAAGCAAUAAAUUAUGUGGCAUUUGUUCAACGCAUGCUUUUAUUCCAUUUGAUGUACAUUCGUUGACACCAUUCAGCGCAAAAAGAUCGGAUGAAAUGAAAAAUUCGAAGUCUCGUGCAUGUCGUUUUAUUGAUGAAAAUGGAAUCACGAUAAUGUUAGCGCAUGACUUGAGACGGAACUUCGCACGAUACUGCGUCCGUAAUGGAGUAAAUCGCUUAAAACGUUAUAGCUAUGGCAAAGUUUUUGGUCGUUCAGAUGCUCUUGGUGGAAUUCAUCCUGCUGAGCGAGUUGAAUUCGCUAUAGAUGCGGUUGGACCGGUAAGUUCAUCUAGGAUGCUUACUACUGAUAUACUUUGCGUUAUGGUUGAAAUAGCCCGACAGCUUGAUUGCUUAUCAUCACGAAAAUGGGAAAUCCGAUUAGGGCAUCGUGAUUUAAUUCUUGCAACCGCUUUGUAUCUCGGUUUUAGUGAUUUUGGUGCACAAAAUAAAAUACUGGAUAUUCUUUAUGCUAUUGCAAUGUCUAAUAAAGUACUAACUCGCGAACAAAAGAUUGAGCGACUUAGAGUUGGCACAGAAAUGUCUUUUUAUCAAGCCAAGUCGUUGUUCAGUGUGCUAGAAGGGGACCUUACAUUGGAAAGUCUAACAAAAAAGAUAGAAUGUUUACUAAAUAGUAGAGACGAUCGAGUUCGAAAGUAUGCUGAGGGAGCUCUCAAGGAGUUUGGAGAUCUGACCCUGUUGUUGGAAUGUUUUGCUGGUGAUAUAACCGGACAUAUUUUAUUUGAUGGUAGUCUUUGCUAUCGACCACAAACUUAUUCUAGUGGUCUCGUCUUUCAAUUUCGGGUUCUUUUUUUUCAUAAGAAAACUAUGCGGCCAGUUGUAGUUGGAGCAGGAGGUCGAUAUGAUAACUUGUUGGAAGAGGAGCGUCAUGCACAGGACCCUAUUCCUCCAAAACCAUUAAGUGCAGUAGGAUGUAGUUUAUCGCUUGAUGUUCUUGCUCAGCUUUGCUGCACAGAUACACCAAGUAAUUUCCUUUUACCUCGAAAUUUCGAACCUUUAUGUCAUCGCGCAUUGGUUUGUUUAACUGCUGAUCGGCUGUUAAAAGCAACUGGAAAUUUGGUGAAACAAAUGUGGUUACGUAGAAUCCAGACAGAUGUUCUGCAUGAUCCAGUUGUGCCGAUGCAGAUGGUCGAACUCAUUGAACACUCAAACGAAAAUAACAUUGAGGUUUUAUUGGUAGUCUAUGGAGAAGAUGAGGUAUUAACCCGUGUUGGAGGCGUUGAUUUGGGAAAGCUUACGUUUGAUGAAGUGUUAUGCAAACUGGAGACAUUAUCUAUUGAUUCGUGCUUAAUAGAAACAUGCUCAAGUACUCAGAUUUCGACUUCACCAAUUAAACAAAUUGUUAAUGUAUCACCAGCAGCAGCCGUUGCUAAUCUCAGUAUACGCUAUGCUGUGACUGAUAAACCUGUGGCUUAUAUUCGAAAAAGGAAUGAGGUCCAAAUUCGUACCUGUUUACAGAAAGCGGUUGCUGCAUUUUCACCUCAAACAGUAAUUGAGGUUGUUGUCACAGAUAUCUCAUCAGAUGCAAUACGUUUGCUUGUAUCUCUAAUUGAUCGCACUUUUACUGUAGUUGAACUAUCAAAUGCUCUUUCAAUUGCUAUGAAGCAGAUGAACAGAUUCAAAAAAGAAUUUAAGCGAAUAGAAGAAGUUAUUGAACCAUUAUUUCAACCCAGAAAUUCAUCUCCUAUUGUGCUUUAUUCUAAACAAGAUUCUAACAGUUAUUACAGGUUUUUACUGUAA